AUGCUGCUCAAGUCCUUCGCAGCCGUUGCGCUGCUAGCCGCUGCCGUGACUCCCACCAGCGCAAGUCCGCUCGAGAAACGAGGCUCACCCGGCUGCGGCAAGUAUCACAGCUUCGUAGGCCAGACGCGUGAAUUCAGCUUUGACAGCUCCGGCGGAUCUCGCACCUACCGCAUCCACCUGCCCUCCAACUACGAUACGAACACGCCCAAGCCGCUCCUGAUUGCGUACCAUGGCGCCGGUAACAACCCCGCGGCAUUUGAGAGUGAAACCCGCUUCUCCGACGAGAGCAUCAACCCCAACAUGAUUACCGUGUACCCCGCGGGCGUUAAUGCGCACUGGGAAGGCCCCAGCUAUGCCACGCCCGGCGUGAGUGACAAGGUCUUUACGACGGAUCUCGUGAACCGCAUCAAGAACAACUACUGCGUCGACGAGUCCAGGGUCUACGGUACCGGACACUCCAACGGCGCCGGGUUCCUCGGUACCCUGGCCUGCUCGCCCGCCCACGGCGGCCAGUUUGCUGCCUUUGCUCCCAUCUCGGGUGCCUUCUACACGGACGCUUCCGAUAGUGCGUCCUGCCACCCGGCUCGGUCCCCCAUCCCCAUCAUGGAGGUGCACGGUACCGGUGACCCUAGAAUUUCGUAUUGGGGCGGCGAUGGUAGCGGCGGUCCGCUGCCUGCUAUUCCUGACUGGGUUAACCGCUGGAAGAACCGAAACGAGUGCGGUGAUGCCCAGGUCAUUGACUUGGGUAAUGGGGUUACAGACUACCAGUACCCGUGCCACAAUAUUCCUAACCUGCUGCGUCAUAUCAAGAUUGAGGGUCAUGACCACAGCUGGCCUGGCCAGGGAUCGGAGAUUGAUGUGUCUCCUGUUGUCAUUGACUUUUUGAACAACAACUACAAGCCUUGA